AUGUCUAUUGGCAUCGAUCUAGGAACAACAAAUUCGUGUGUGGGUGCAUGGAAAAAUGAUCAUUUUCAAAUAAUUACAAACGAUAUUGGAAAUCGCAUCACACCUUCAUAUGUGGCAUUCACUGAUUAUGGAUGUUUGAUUGGUGAUUCUGCUAAGAGUCAAAUCUUCAGAAACUGUUUCAAUACUAUUCACAGUUUUAAAAGACUUAUUGGUCGUGAUUUUUAUGACCCAAUUAUUCAGAAAAGUCUUAAAUAUUGGAAAUUUAACGUUGUUGAUAAAAACGGUAAACCUUAUAUUCAAGUUAAGGAAAUGGGUGUCACUAAAUAUUUUACUCCGCAAGAAAUCUGUUCCAUGGUGUUGUCAAGGAUUAAAAAACUAGCUGAAAAUUUCACUGGAUCACAAGUUAAUUCCGCUGUUAUUACAAUUCCAACAUGUUAUAAUCUAACUCAAAAUAAAGCGAUUGUAAAUGCUGGUCACGCGGCAGGCUUGAUUAAUCUUUCUACAAUUAGUAAUACAUCGGCUUCAGCAAUCACUUAUUGUAUGUCACAUAAAUCAAAUGGUGAUCAAAAUUUGUUAAUUGUUGAUCUUGGAAGUAGUAAUCUUAGCGUAUCUCUCGUAGUUAUUGAAGAUAAUAUUAUUGAAGUGAAGGCAGUUGCUUGUGAUUUAUAUCUUGGUGGAGAAGAUUUCGACCUUCGAAUUGUUGAUUAUUUUGUUCAAGAAUUUAAACUCAAAUUUAAAAAGGAUCUCACUUUAGAUGGUCGUGCAAUGAGUCGCCUUCAAACUGCCUGUGAACGAGCAAAAUCAAAUAUUGAAAUCGAUGAUCUUUUUGAUAAUAUUGACUUUUACACUUCUUUGACACGUUGGAAAUUUGAAGAGUUAAAUCAGGACUUAUUUUAUUCUAUUCUUGAACCAAUUCAAAAAGUUCUUAGAGACGCCAAAGUAGAUAAAACCCUUGUUCAUGAAAUUAUAUUAGUUGGUGGUUCUACUCGCAUUCCUAAGGUACAAAAACUUAUUUCAAAAUUUUUUGACGGAAAGAAGUUAAAUCAAUCUAUCAAUCCUGAUGAAGCUGUUGCUUCCGGUGCUGCAGUACAUGCCUCUAUAUUGUCUGGUGAUGUAUCAGAAAAGUUACAAAAUUUACUGUUACUUGAUAUUGCACCUUUAUCUCUUGGUAUCGAGACUGUUGGUGGAGUUAUGACUCCAAUUAUAAAAAAAAAUGGCACAGUUCCUACAAAAAAGUCAGAGAUCUUUUCUACAUGUUAUGAUAAACAACUUAGUUUAUUUAUUAAAGUAUAUGAAGGAGAACAUGCUCGUACAAAAGAUAAUAAAUUUCUUGGUAAUUUAACUUUAACGGGCAUUCCUUCAGCUCCUAAAGGUGUGCCACAAAUUGAAAUUACUUUUAACCUAUGUUCUCGUAACAUUUUAAAUAUUUCUGCCGUUGAUAAAACUACUAGACGAUCUAAAAGUAUCAUUAUCGAUGGUAGCGAAAAUAAUAAAGACCCAACUUUACUUGAUCAAGGAUGGAAUAUACCUAACAAUUCAUCUCCAUUCUCGGUACCAAUUUUUAUUUCUGGAUCUAAAAAUUCACCUCAAUUAUCAACACCAACUCUUAUUUAUGGAUCUAAAAGUCCUUCUACAUUCUCAAUACCAAAUUUUACUCCUGAAGUUUCAUCACCAAUCGAUACUUCCAAAUCAAAAGAGCCAUUCUUAUCUAAAGAUUCAUCACCAAUCUAUACUUCAAAAUCAAAAGAGCCAAAACCAACCUCAAUGCCAUUCUUAUCUAAAGAUUCAUCACCAAUCUAUACUUCAAAAUCAAAAAAGCCAAAACCAACCUCAGUGCCAUUCUUAUCUAAAGAUUCAUUACCAAUCUAUACUUCAAAAUCAAAAGAGCCAAAACCAACCUCAAUGCCAUUCUUAUCUAAAGCCUCGCAACUUUCGACUCCAGUUUACAUUCGAUCACCAAUUUAUCAGCAGCGUGAAAAUAUUUCACAAGACACUCAAGAAAUUAAUAAGGUAAUAUUUAAUACUACAAAUUACUAUAGGUGGUACAUAUAA